AUGCCCGAGUACCAACUGCACGUCGCCAUCGCGCUCACCGCCGGGCUUGCGACUAGCCUCGGUCUCUUCCUCCUUGCAGGUCCCGAGGAGAAGAAAAACGCGCUCCCGACGUUCGUGGAGGGCGACGAGGCGCUGGAACGCGACCCGUUCGACGUCGCCUCCGCCGAAGACUUCGUGGACGGCACUCCCAUUGAUGAACAGCAGUUUUGGUCCAAGAUGCGUCUGCGGAAAUUCGGAAUGUCCGUAUUGCUAGGUGUCGUUCUCGCGAUACAAGCUGUCGGCUUGGGCUGGUCUAUCGCGGAGGACGAGCGUCGAAACAUCGCCGUCUACGCUCUGCAGAUCGCCUACGCGCUAUACACUCUCAUUCUCGCCGUCAGUGCGGUUAACCAGAAAUACUCGAAGCACGCACACUCGACCAUCCACCUGUCUGCGCUGACCUUUUUCGCGACCGUACUACUCGGCAUCACAGCCAUCUUGCCGGCAAACCCACUCCCUAUCGUCUCUGUCGCUUCCGAGUCCGCCACUCUCUGGGCUCUAUGGUACGCUGUGUCUGCGCUAUACGCCGUCUGUACGGCGAUUGCUGUGACCACCCCGCGCGGUCCGCCGCUUCACUUCCCGUCGUCGAAGAUCUACUCCGACAAGACGCUCAUGCAAAUCACCUCGACCUACGAAGACAAUGUCUGCGGCAUGACGGCUGCGUCCGUCCUGGACUAUCUGCUGUUUUCGUACACGACAAAGGUGGUCAUGCUCGGAAACACAGCCGAAAGCCUUGAGAUCGGCGACCUACCGAUCGUGCCUGCAGACAUGCGCGCAACCGCGAUCUACACGUCCAUGCGUGCAGCGAUGCGCCGGUGGAAGCUCCAGGUUUGGUCGUGGACGCCUCGCCCCGGCUCCGGCAUCGAGCUGGGAUACCGCCUUAUACGCGUUAACGCGGUGCCAAUGACCAUGGUGAUCACCCUCGCGGUAGCGUGCGCCGUGCUCUUUUAUGCGCCGGCGUUCUUUUUGAAGCGUGUGGUGCAGUACCUGGAAGUGGACACCGCACGCGACUUCAGAGGCUGGGGCUUCGUGUUCUGCGUGGCCCUCUUUGCCAGCCAUGCCUCAUCCCAGCUUGUGACGGGCCAGCUCAUGUCUCUAUCCACUACGACGCUCCAAGUGCGCCUCCGGAUGCAGCUCAACACGAUCCUGUUCGCAAAGACGCUCGUGCGCAAGGACGUCGCGUCCUCGACCGGAUCCGCACCCGGCACUGACGCCGCACCCGAGGGCGACAAGAAGGCAGACGAGGACAGCUUCUCAAGCAAGGCGCAGAUCAUGACGCUCAUGACGACAGACGUCGACCGCAUCUCCGAGUUCGCGAUACACCUGUUCACCAUCGUCGACGCGCCCAUCGAGAUCGUCAUCGGCUCGUGGUUACUGUACAGUCUGCUCGGGGUGUCGUGCUUCCUCGGGCUGGCGGUGACGUGCUUGUUCCUGCCGAUGAACCACUUCGCGGGCAAGGUCGUCGUUGGCGCGCAGGAUAACUUGAUGAAGGCGCGCGAUGAGCGUGUCGCGCUCAUGAACGAGAUUCUGGGCGGUAUCCGGAUGUUGAAGUUCAUGGCUUGGGAGCGCAGCUUCGAAGCACGUGUUCUUAAAGUGCGCGAGCGCGAACUCAAGUACCAGAAGCUCAACUACAUUAUCGAGGUACUUUUGAACACGAUCUGGAACGCAUCGCCUAUCUUAGUCACGCUGGUGUCGUUCUGGCACUUCACGGUCGUCCGAGGGGAGCUCUUGACCCCCUCCAUCGCCUUCACUUCGAUCAGUGUGUUCAACGAGUUGAAGUUCGCGCUUAACGCUCUCCCCGAAACGCUGAUCAAGAUGCUCCAGUGCGCCAUCUCCCUCCGCCGCAUCGAGAAGUACCUGCACGGCGCCGAAGUCGCGCCCGUUCCCCCGCUCGCGACGCAGGAUCCCCGCAUCGCGCUCCAAUCUGCCACGAUCACCUGGCCGCAGGACCGCACACGCGGCGCGUCCUCCGCGCCCUCCGCCGCCUCCACGCCUCGGCACAAGUUCAUCCUCGUCGACCUUACGCUCGACUUCCCGCUUGGCGAGCUCUCGCUCAUCUGUGGCAAGCUCGGUAGCGGCAAGUCGCUGCUCUUGCUCGCGCUCCUUGGGGAGGCGGACCUGCUGUCGGGCCAGAUGAUCUGCCCGCGUUCGCCCCCGGACACGAUCGCGAAGUUUGCUGGGGUCGCUGUGCCGCAAGAGGAGUGGAUCGUCUCGGGCGUAUGCGCGUACGUCCCGCAGUCGGCAUGGCUGCGCAACGCGUCGAUUAAAGAAAACAUCCUAUUUGACCUCCCGUAUGUGGAGGAGCGGUAUCUGAAAGUGCUCGAAGCGUGUGCGCUGCUGAGCGAUCUGGAAAUCCUCGAGGAUGGCGAUGAGUCCGAGAUCGGAGAACGUGGAGUCAACCUGUCGGGUGGCCAGAAAGCUCGAGUUUCCCUCGCUCGUGCCGUAUACUCGCGUGCUUCCGUGAUCUUCUUGGACGACGUGUUGUCCGCUGUCGAUGCUCACACUGCACACCACCUUUACCACGAGUGCCUGAAGGGCGACCUCAUGCGUGGCCGUACCCUCAUUUUGGUCUCCCACCACGUACAGCUCUGCGCUGCGGGUGCCCAGUACAUCGUCGCCCUAGAUAAUGGCCGCGUGCAGUAUUCGGGCGACUUCGAUAGCUUCCGCAGCUCCGGCGUGCUCAGCACGCUCGUGCAGUCCGGCGCCGCCGACCCUGCCGACGACAAUGAGACCGAUGUGGAGAAGGCGAAAGAGAUCACCUCGGCCGGCGAGAGCAGCAGUGCGCCUGCAUCGUCGGAGACAAGCUCAACUGUGGCGGUCGCCACUCCUGCGGAGUUGGAGCCGCAGCCCGAGAAGAAAAAGGCACCGCGGAAGCUUGUGGAGGAGGAAAAACGCGCUGUCGGGCGCAUUGGUAAGGAUAUCUGGACGACGUACCUAAAGGCCUACGGUGGUGUCGCAUACUGGGCCACCUUCAUUGGAGCUUUGGCUUUGGCUGCACUCAGCCCUGUGUUUGAAAACGGCUGGUUACGCAUUUGGUCCGGUUCGUACCAGGAGACUGGGACCCCUCGCCCCGCAUCAUUCUAUAUUGGAAUAUACGCGGCUAUCACGGGAAUUGGUGUGGUGCUAUCGACUCUUCGGUAUUUCGUUCUGUACCACGGUGGUAUUCAAGCUUCCGUCGCGCUCUACCAACGGUUACUCGAGGGUGUGCUAUUCGCAAACAUCCGGUUCCACGACACUGCAUCUAGAGGACGUCUGCUGAACCGCUUCGGAAAAGACUUUGAGGGGAUCGACAGCAGCCUCCCCGACAAUUUCGGGCGUAGUGUGUUCUACGCAGCCUCAGUCCUGACUACAUUCGUUACUGUGUCUGUCGUGGGCGGUCCUCUGUUCAUCCUCGCGGCGGUCAUCUUCGCUUUCCUCUAUUACAGCAUUGGCAAGGUUUACGGGCAGACGUCCCGCGACAUGCGCAGAUUAGACUCCGUCACUCGGUCCCCGCUAUAUUCGAUCUAUGGCGAGACGAUCGCGGGUGUCACCGUCCUUCGCGCCUUCGGUGCCUCGUCGAAAUUCCUUCGCGACAUGCUCCGCUGCGCAGAUACUAACUCGAACCCGUACUAUUGGAUGUGGGGAGUGAACCGCUGGCUCUCCGUCAGAUUUAAUCUACUGUCAAGUGCGGUCGUUGGCAUCACUGCCUUUGUCGCCGUGCUCUCUCCUGGCAUCGACGCUUCCAUGGCCGGGUUCGCGCUGACCUUCGCAAGUUCGCUCCUGGUUGAUCUUCUCUUGCUGGUCCGCCGCUUCGUCGGUCUGGAACAGUCCAUGGUUGCCGUGGAACGUGUCAAGGAAUUCUCAGAACUCCCUCGGGAGCCCCCAGAGUUCAUCGAGCCUCGGCCGUCUGCGUCCUGGCCUACGAGUGGUGCGAUCACUUGCGAGAACCUGGUGAUUCGCUAUGCUCCCGAUCUGCCAAACGUGCUGCACAAUCUCAACUUUGAGAUUCGCCCGGGUGAGAAGGUGGGCGUUCUCGGUCGCACAGGGUCUGGCAAGAGUACCCUCGCGCUCUCGUUCUUCCGCUUCGUGGAACCCACGGAGGGCCGCAUCCUCAUCGACGGCCUGGACAUUUCGAAGAUCGGCCUGACCGAUUUGCGGAGCAAGCUCACCAUCAUCCCUCAGGACCCUACUAUUCUGAGCGGGACGCUCCGGUCGACACUGGACGUGUUUGGGGAAUAUCAAGAUGCCGAGAUUUACGAGGCCCUCCGUCGGGUGCACCUCAUCCCCGCGGGACUCGAGGCGUCGGAGGAGAGUGAGAGUGUGAACGCAAACGUCUUCCGGAACCUGGACUCCCCCGUCUCGGAGGCGGGUGAAAACUUCUCCACAGGCGAGAAGCAGCUGCUCUGUAUGGCGCGCGCGAUCUUGAAACGCUCGAGGGUGCUUCUGAUGGACGAGGCGACUGCGAGUGUCGACUAUGCGACCGAUGAGCUUAUCGGGAAGACGAUUCGACACGAGUUCGCGGACAGCACGAUCCUGACGAUCGCGCAUCGUCUGCGCACGGUCAUAGAUUACGACAGGGUCAUGCUCCUGGACCAGGGUCGGAUUGCGGAGUUCGACAAGCCGGCUACUCUGCUCGCGGACCCCCAGUCGAAAUUCCACGCUCUUUGUCAAGCGACGGGAAAGCAGGAGUUCACUACACUGAAGCGCAUGGCUGGCAUCUGAAUAGCUAUACGUAGCGUUACAGUUUAGCGAUGGAGGGGUGGUAGAUGUGUUUUUGGUCGAUAUUGGGUGAGAUGUGUUGAUGCCAAAUGGUCAUGUAGGACAUGGAGCGGAGGUGUCUUCGUGAUG